UCCCCCAAGUUCAAACUGCCAACAGUGACCCGCACUGAGAGCUCGCUGGUGCUGCCGCAGACGGAUGCCACGGGCUGUCUUUGCACACUGUCCGUGCCUGCUGCAUGCGUUUUUAAAAGGGAACUGCCCCUUUAACCGUGUGACUGUACUGCUCAUGCUCGGGGCAUUGUGCUGGAGUUUCCCCGUCAGAGAACCAGCUGUGGACCGGAGAGCGACAGACACCGGAGAGAGCAGACGGGGUAGCGCAGCAGCAGCAGCAGCAGCUCUGUCGCAUCCUCCGAUAACCAACCGGGACAGAGGGCAAGUCUUUUGUCUGGGAUCACAUCCAGGAGGAGCGCAGAACACGCCGCUGAUCUUAGCUCCGUGGAUUUAUUUCCUCCUCUGGAUUACUGUCCGUGAUGUUGUGGCAGGAUCAGUCAUGGUCGUGUGUUUACAUCAGUGAGCCUUGGCCACAGUGGAAGUUAUCUGGAUGACAUGUGAGGCGUCGCAGAGCGCGUAAGAAGGGGUUUCUAUGCUCAGACCGGGUGGGUUCGAUUGGAAUUACGUUUACAAUCGUUUUAAGGUCUUAACCAUUUCAACCAAAGUUUAAUGUCUUUGUCCUGCCCCGGAGCUCUCUCUACAUUGCGCGGAUCUGACAAUGCGUAAUUACGGCUGUCCUGCACCUUUCCCACAAGCGUCACAGGUAGACAACUUCAGCUUACUAACAACUGUACUGAUGGCAGCUGAUAACCUCAUAGCGUAGGGUGCCAGUCAGUGUUCUGCCUCUUGAAGAAGGCACAGAGAAGGAGGGGGGGGGGGAUCAUCAUGGUCGGUACUGGAGGGAUGUGCACAUGGACGAAGUCGUCCAGAAGGGACUCCCGGGUCGCCUUGAGAACGUACCUUGGAGUAUUUGUGAUACUCCAUCUGGUGCUUCACGCAGAAGCCUCUGCGGUGUCCAAGUCCUGCGAUAAAAACUGUUAUUCAGGGAAGUGCAUCAACGGGAGCUGCGUGUGCGACCACGGCUGGGUCGGGGAUCAGUGCCAGCACUGUCAGGGAAGAUUCAAGUUAACAGAUCUGUCAGGCUCCCUCACAGACGGACCAGUAAACUACAAGUACAAGACCAAAUGCACCUGGCUGAUAGAAGGAUUUCCGAAUGCAGUACUCCGGCUACGCUUCAAUCACUUUGCCACGGAGUGCAGCUGGGACCACAUGUACGUGUACGACGGGGACUCCAUUUACGCCCCUUUGAUUGCUGUGUUCAGUGGUCUCGUAGUAGCAGACGCCGGGAGUAACGAGACGGUCCCUGAGGUUGUGACGACGUCUGGCUACGCUCUGCUCCACUUCUUCAGCGACGCUGCCUACAACCUGACCGGCUUCAACAUCGCAUACUCGAUCAACUCCUGUCCCAACAACUGUUCGGGUCACGGCAGAUGCAGCACGGCGAACUCUGCCUUCGGCCGCGUGUACUGCGAGUGUGACGAGUACUGGAAAGGAGAGGCCUGCAACAUCCCGUACUGCAGGCAUAACUGUGGCAGCCCGGAUCACGGCUACUGCGACCUGACCGGAGAAAAGCUCUGUGUGUGCAACGACAGCUGGCAAGGUCCGGAUUGCUCUCUGUCCGUCCCCUCCACUGAGGCCUUCUGGGUGCUGCCUAGCAUCAAACCAUCCGCUCAGUCUCUGGGUCGGGCGUCCCAUCAGGCUCUGGUGCACUCUGGGUUGAUGUGGGUGGUCGGAGGCUACUCCUUCAACUUCUCCAACUACCACAUGGUCCUCAACUACAACCUUGAGACGAGUACUUGGGAUGUAGUGCCGGUCAGCAGCGGUCCUCUCCACAGAUACGGUCACUCUCUGGCUCUGUACCAGGAUGACAUCUACAUGUUUGGAGGGAAGCUGGAGGGGAAAUCUGCCAACGUGACAGACGAGUUGUGGGUGUUCAACAUCCCGAGGCGCACCUGGUCACCACGAAAUCCCGCCCCGCCUCCGCCAUACACCUUGGAGGGGCACACGGCCCACGUGGUGGAGCUGGCCGACGGAGAGCCGGUGAUGCUGAUUUUCUUUGGCUACUCUCCGAUCUACAGCUACAUCAACAAAGUUCAGGAGUACAACCUCAGGUCAAACUCGUGGCAGGUUGUGUCUGCAGGCGGCGCGGUGGUCCAGGGAGGUUACGGACACAGCAGCGUGUACGAUGAGGCCAGCGGCUGUGUGUUUCUGCACGGGGGGUACAAGGCGCUCAGCAACAAUAAAUACGGCCUGGUGGAUCACAUGUACAGAUACCACGUACAUAGCAAAACAUGGCUGAUCCUCGGGGAGAGUGGCCUGGCGCGGUACCUCCACUCGUCGGUGCUGCUGAGCGGCACUGUGCUGCUGUUUGGGGGAAACACUCACAACGACACUUCGUUAAGCAACGGAGCCAAAUGCUUUUCUGCUGACUUCAUGGCGUACGACAUCGCUUGUGAUGAGUGGACCGUUCUCCCCAAACCGGGGCUGCAUCAUGACGUCAACCGCUUUGGUCAUUCUGCCGUGGUUAACAACAGCACCAUGUACAUUUUUGGAGGUUUUUCGGGACUGCUUAUGAACGACGUGCUGGCCUACACCCCUCCGUCCUGUCCGGCCUUUUCUGACCCAGCUUCAUGUGCUGCUGCGGGGCCGGGCCUCCGCUGUCAUUGGGUCAAAAGUAGAUGUGGCCCCUGGGAACCAAGCCCGCCUGAGAACAGUUUUCCUGCUCCCUUUUGCCCCACAAGGCCUGACAGUACGGAUGAACAGUGUUUCCGGUUCUCGGACUGUGCGAGCUGCACUGCCAACAUGCGUGGCUGUCAGUGGUGUGAGGACAGGAAGUGUAUCUCUGCGGCCAGCAACUGUACUGUGCUGACUCUGGAGCUGGCCCAGCAGCAUGGCGGCGCUCUGUCUCUGUCUCCCCCACCAUCCAUGUUGUCUGAACAUCAGCUGAGCUUGUGGAAACACGGAGGCAGAAGGAAGGGACAUUCUGUGACAAACUCGUCCAGGUGUAAGCGCAGGGAGGAGCAGGAGUGUUUCAGACUGGCCAACUGCAGGAGCUGCUCCCUCAACCUCAACUGUCAGUGGGAGGUACAGCAGCAGGAGUGUCAAGCUCUGCCUGGCCAGCUGUGUGGGGACGGCUGGCACCAUGUUGGGGAGGCUUGCCUGAGGAUCAACUCCAGCAGAGAGAGCUAUGAUAAUGCCCAGCACUACUGCAAAAACCUGGGAGGAAAUAUUGCCUCUUUGGUCACAGACAAACAGGUCAACUUUGUGAUUGAAGAGCUGCAGAAAUACCAGCUUCAAGAUAAGAAGUUAUCUCCCUGGGUCGGCUUGAGGAAGAUCAACGUGUCAUAUUGGGGCUGGGAGGACACCUCACCCUUCACGAACACCAGCUUGAAAUGGUUACCUGGAGAGCCCAGUGAUUCUGGUUUCUGUGCCUACCUGGAGCGAACACAGGUGUCUGGUCUCAAAGCGAACCCCUGCACGGCCACCACCGACGGCCUGAUCUGUGAAAAACCUGCUGGGAGUCCUCAGAGUCAGACUGCUCGUCCCUGUAAGACGCCCUGCUCUCUGCGCACCAGCUGUGCAAACUGCACCAGCCAGGCCAUGGAGUGUAUGUGGUGCGGCAGCACACAGCGCUGUGUCGACUCCUCUGCGUACGUCAUCUCCUUCCCCUACGGACAGUGUCUGGAGUGGCAGACCCAGGACUGCAGUGCCCAGAACUGUUCCGGUCUGAGGACGUGUGCGGACUGUUUGGAGAGGGCCGAAUGCGGCUGGUGUGGUGAUCCCAGCAACACCGGCAGGGGCGUCUGCAUGGAGGGAUCCUACCGAGGCCCCAUGAAGCCCGCUGGUGCGAGGCCCGCGCCCCGAGUCCGGGAACGACUGCGAGACAGGGACAUGGUGCUGGAUCAGAGUCUCUGUUUGUCUGAUAGAGGCUACAACUGGGCCUUUAUCCAGUGUCCAGCGUGUCAGUGCAACGGUCACAGCAGGUGUGUGAACAGCAGCGUGUGUGAGCACUGUGGGAACCUGACUGCUGGGACACACUGCCAGAAUUGCAUGCCAGGUUAUUACGGCGACCCCAUCAACGGAGGGAAGUGUAAUGCGUGCAAGUGUAACAGCCAUGCCAAUGUGUGCCACGUCAACACAGGAAAGUGCUUCUGCACCACGAAGGGCAUCAAGGGAGACCAGUGUCAGCUAUGUGACUCAGAGAACCGUUACCUUGGCAACCCCCUCAGAGGAACAUGCUAUUACAACCUGUUGAUCGAUUACCAGUUUACCUUCAGUUUGCUUCAGGAAGACGACCGCUACUACACCGCCAUCAACUUCAUGGCGACACCUGAACAGGCCAACAAGAACCUUGACAUGUCCAUCAAUGCCUCAAACAACUUCAACCUCAACAUCACCUGGUCCUUCAGCUCUACAGCCGGCACCAUCUCAGGUGAAGAGAUGCCUAUCAUAGCGAGGACCAACAUCAAGGAGCACCGGGACAGUUUCUCCUGUGAAAAGUUCAACUUCAGACUCCACCACAACAUCACCUUCUACGUCUAUGUGACCAACUUCAGCUGGCCAAUCAAGAUCCAGAUUGCUUUCUCUCAGCACAACAGCAUCAUGGACCUGGUGCAGUUCUUUGUCACUUUUUUCAGCUGUUUCCUGUCUCUGUUGCUGGUGGCUGCCGUGGUUUGGAAAGUCAAACAGACUUGCUGGGCCUCGCGACGUAGAGAGCAGCUGAUGAGAGAGCGACAGCAGAUGGCGAGUCGUCCUUUUGCUUCAGUUGCCGUAGCGCUGGAGGUGGGAGGAAACGAAGAUGAGCUGCUGCAGGGAGUGCCCAAACCCAUAGCAAUGGAGCCUUGUUGGGGGAGCAGAGCAGGUGUUCUGACGGUGCUGCUGUAUCUGCCAAGAGUCCCAUCUGGAAUACCUCCACCAGGACAGUCUGGUAUUGCUAUAGCCAGUGCUCUGGUGGACACAUCACAACAGAGAGUGGUGGAUUUCAAAGACAGAGGCAUCAGUCUGAAGCACCGCAAACACGUUGUGCACCACCAAGGGACCUGUGUAUGAACUGGAAGGCCUCCUCGAGGUGAAAACAUAUCCACUUUGCCCCCUUGAGAAAUUUCAUUGGAGAUAUUCUCUUUGCCCUCAGACAAAGGGAUGCAUUGUUAAAAAAGGCAAAGCAGGGAAAAAUUUGGUCUGUCUUUGUUGCUGGCUUGGAAGAAGAGGAAAUGUAUCUACUGUUUCAACAACAGUAGGAAAAGUGGGAACAUAGUCUGGACCCUUUCUCCCUGGGAUCCAGAUGGAGAGCUUCAUAAACAUGCUAUUUUUUUCCCCUGAGGAAACAUUUUGGUGGUGAUGAGCCAGGACAACAAAGAAUGGGAAAACCUGCAGAUUGAUGAGAAUGUGUCUCUCCAGCACAGCUUUCGUCUGAAUUUACUAAGAGAGCUGGCAGACGUUUCCACUUCCAUGCCAUGUGGUUUCUUGGUCUCCAGGGCUUUGCUUGUCUGUCUGUCAAGGAGUGCCAUAUUGAAAAACACUUGUUUUACACUAAUAAACCAAACUCAAUGGCUUCGAGCUCCUGUGAAAGACAUUGUAAAGCACUAACUGAGCUCAAAUUCAGUCCUGCUUGGACUCAGGCACAACUUGGGUGUUAUUAGAUCAACGAGUAACCAAGUAGUGGAUGGUGUUCUGUGACAAGGAUUUGCUUCAGAAGAAAAUCUCCUCUGGGACUUUCAAAGACUACUGCUGUUAAGAUGUGGACGAACUGCAUCUAUGUAAGGAUGCAGCCAUUGAAGUGCAUCCUUUAGCAAAUACUUGUACUUCUAAAUCUACCCUGUCAAAACAUUUGAAGUUUUACAUUUUGAUGCUCAGGUGCUCUGUAAUGAAAAAGGGGCCAUUAUCUGUAGCUUUGGGCCUUAUAAACAUCUGUAUUAUGCACUAUAAAUGAACUGCUUUACCAGUACAUUAGGUCCCUUAUGUGGGACACAAUUAUGCAACUGAUCAUCCAAAUGCAAUGUUUAUUCUGGACUGUGGUGUAACCUAAAGGUCGGUAUCAUCAAACACAUACUGUACUACUGAUGGUAUUUAUACUUCAACUCAUUCAUUUGUUUUGUAAUGUGAAGCUACAGUAUACAUCAUCCAGUUGAUUCCAUGCCUGUUCAUUUGUAAUACACAAACCUGUUUGUACCAUAUCUACUUUAUUUAUUAAAUAUGCAAGUUUUGUUUUUGAACUUUUUAUGAAUGCACUUAGAUUUUUUUUUAAAGAAACUAAACAUUUGAUUUACAGAGUAGUUCUGUACAGUGUUUUUUUUUUUUGAUGAUACCCUGUGUGUGUUUUAAUUCAAAAUCACAUCUAUUUUAUGCAUAUCAUAACAAGUUUUGUUAAACGUCUAAAAGAUUGAUCCUUUUAUCCAUUCUGUUAAACCUUUAUUGAAUUUUGUGAAGUUACUUUAUUCAUCAACUGAACAUACACAGUAGAGGUAUGUCUUAUGCACUUGUAUAAUCUAUAUAUGGAGCCUGUUUCAUUUUCUUUCAGGCAUUUUUGUCUUCAUGUAAUUUUGCACCAGUUUGUUGCUGGGACUUGUAUUUAACAAAGGGCAGCUCACUACACUGUUUUUGUCCAUAUGAGCAUAAAUGUGUACAUUUACAAUUAAAAAAACAUUUUGAUGCCUCUU